AUGAGGAAGGAAGGCUUGGAUGAAGACCUUGGAAAGUUAAAAAAGUAUCUUCAGGAGGAGGGAAAAGGAAAACACGUUCUCAUUGAUGAAGUUCCCAUCACUCUAGGAUUCCAGAAACUCAUCACUGCGGAAGACCUUUCCAAACAUUGGGAAUGGAUCGUGGACAUGAUUCCUUCAGUGAAGUCGAUCACCAUCUCUUUUCGUCCAAACGAUCAGUCCUACACAAGAGACUUCCCCAUCCAGGAUGUGAUGCCCGGUGGUUACCAGGUAACAGUCUUGGAGGCAGUGAAGAGAAACAGCAGAAAUGUGGCUGAGCUGUUUCUUGCUAUCGGGGAUUAUUCACGUCGAAUCUUCAUAUCUCUCGAGAAGACACUUCCACUACAAAUGGAACAAUCUGGGAAGGGAUUUCUACCAGUGCUCUUUCCCAUUCCCUCUUGCUUCUCCAUUCAUCCGGGCAAAUGCAAGGACGAGAAGGUCUGUGAAGCGGUGAGGGCCGCUCACGCCAUACGUAUAAUUUACGAAAAGCACUCCAAGUCAUCAGAGAAAAUCCCAAUUUUCGUCGUGGUCGAUCACGAGAGGCGAAAGAAUGCACUUGUGAAUAUCUUUGUAUCUGACUACCCGUCCAUCACACUCUUCCUAUACAACAGCCACAACCAUCAGGUAUGGAAAUUUCGUAAAAAAAAGGCCUUGAAUGUCUCGAAUAUCCCUAUCGUAGUCGCGACCGAAAGUGAAAUCAUUGGAUGUCACCUGAAAAGUGUGACAGUGGUAAUCGAUUUCGCUCAGUCAGAAUGGCAAAACUACGUUCGAUUGAUAGCAGCAACCGGGGAAAAAAAGAUACUCGUGAUCGAAGAGGAACAACUAAGGAUAGGAAAGUUUUCUCGCAUCAAAGAGAAAAUGACAAUUUGGGAUAUUUCGGAGAGAAGCUUCAACGAAGACCUUAAGGAACGGCUGGAGAAGGCCUGGCAAGAGUGCGAUACGAAUAAAAUCGACUAUCUGAAAGAGGAGGACUUCUCUUCUUCUUCCUUCCCUGGAAUAAAUAUAGAUAGAGAAGGAAGGGAUGGAAAGGAGGAAGGCGAUGUGGAUUUGAUGCUUGGGCGUCUCCUAAGUGGAAUAUUUGGUCCCUCUGCAUCGGGAAAAUCCAGGAGAGUGGACCUAUUGAUCAGCCGAACGACGCAGAAGAAACCGUCGGAGAAGGCACGAAUUCUUCUUCUUCACCAAGGAAGUACGUUGUCCUGGAUCGAACUUCGACGGCGCUGGAAGAGAAAGGACAAUGUGGACUUAGACUAUGCCUCCGAUUCAAAGAUUACGUCCCUUAAAGACAUAAUUGCCCGGGUGGAAGGGAAAAUGGAAGAGGAGAGAAAGAAGCUGUCUUCCCUGUCCCAAAGAUUCUGGAAUGCAUUUAAGUCAAAGCAGGAGAGAGCCCUGAUCGUGGUCGUUGAAGACUGUCCAUUAUUGAAGGAUCUCGAAGAAUCCAUUGAGAGACUGAAAGGGAUGAAUAUACGGUUGAUACUCGUAUUCAAACCUCAUUCAGAAAAUGCCUCAGUGGAGGCAAUUCAGAGAACUAUAGAAGUCCUUACGAAGGACCCUGCCAGCACUGCGAUUGUAUUAACUUCUCAACCGACAAACUUAGCUCUCCUUGAGCAUAUCCAGAAAAAUGAAACUGGGAGAGCUCUGAAGUUGGAAGCGAAGAGUUUGUCCGUGGUUUCCGUGCCCGCCGCUAUCGUCCUCGGACCACCAGUGCAAUUCUUCAAGUGCAGGAAUCGACAUUUAGGAUACAUUUGUAAAGGAGAGGCGGCAUGCAGGAAAUCCGUGGCUGUUGCAUCCUCCCUCCCUCAUGAUGCCCUGACAAAGGUCCAAAAGCAUCAAGCUUACAUCCUGACAUCAGAUAAAAACAUGCUAACGUCUUUGGAAAUCCUGAACACCCACCCUAAAAUCAAGGUGAUUCCCCCUGAGAACUUUCGUGGGUGUGAGACUUCGAUUGUCACUGCUGUGGACGUGAGUGACGAUUGGUUACUGGAAGUGAUAUCCCGCUCUAGGAAUCAACUGACCAUCAUUGACAACAUCCCCAACCAUGAAGACCUUUGGAAGACCAUGAUCGAAGAGCACCGUGUGCAGACCUGGGAUGGCCCCUCUUCCAGAGACGUUGAAGCGAGCCGAGGGAUCUUCCUAACACUAGAUGAAAGGGAAAAGUUUCUGACAGAGCCGACAUGGAAUGUGACAGCGAGGAGGAUUGGAGAGGAGGUACUGAAAAAAGAAAAAAACAGUAAAAGAGGAGGCUUCCUCGACCGGAAAACCGGCAAAAUCAAAUGCCUCCAUCUGAAGACAUGGGAGACUCUCGAUGGAGUUUUACCUUUACCCCAGUCCUCUUCCCCCUUCAGAGAUUGGGGAUACGCAUGGGAUGUUCAUUAA